AUGGAGAGCCUGUUGGAGAACCCGGUGCGUGCUGUCCUCUAUCUGAAAGAGCUCACGGCCAUCGUGCAGAACCAGCAAAGCCUCAUCCACACCCAGCGCCAGCGGAUAGACGAACUGGAAAAGCGGCUGGACGAGUUGAGCGCUGAGAACCGCAGCCUGUGGGAACAGCAGCAGCUUCUGCAAAACCAUCCUCCGCCUGGGCUGGUCCCCCAGUCGCAAGCCCCACUCCCGGCUUCCCAGGCUUCUGCUGCGGCCAGUUCCCCAGAGCCUCCUCAGAACCAGGGACAGCUCUCUACCAUCGCUCCACUGCCACCGCUGGCAGUGGCUGCGGCGCCGCAGCAACCACCGCCGCCGCCGCUGCAGCAGCCAACUCAGCACCACGGACAGCUCGCAACACAGCCCCAGCCGGGCCCCAGCAGAGCUUUAACACCCCAAACACCCCAUCACCAUACCGCGGUCUCCGGAGCCGCUGUCGAUAAGGAGAAGGAGCGCCCCCCUUGUUGCGCUGCUGCUGGAACCCUCCUCCCCCACAAACCCCCUGCCGCCCUCGGCAAGGGCGUCCUAGGCAGGAGACCUGAGAAUGAGACUGUGCUGCACCAAUUCUGCUGUCCAGCUGCUGAUGCCGAACAGAAGCCUGCAUCUUCAGACCUGGCCUCCCAAAGUGACGACUCCUACACCCAUGCCGGGGGUGGCACAGAGGACCCUUCGGCCAGCAGACCCAGCGCCCAGGAGCUGCAGGAGGAGGAGGAGCUGCUAGGGGCAGGGGGCACCUCCGUGCUGGCAACGAAGGCCAGCCUCCACCACACAGCCUCCCCUGGCCGGCAGCAGCAUGCCAAGGUGCUCUGCUCCCAUGCCCCUGCUGCCUCUGAUUACGAGCUGUCCCUUGACUUAAAGAAUAAACAGAUUGAAAUGCUAGAACACAAAUACGGAGGCCACUUGGUGUCCCGGCGAGCAGCUUGCACCAUUCAAACAGCCUUCCGCCAAUAUCAGCUUAGCAAGAACUUCGAGAAGAUCCGCAACUCACUGCUUGAGAGCCGUCUCCCUCGCCGUAUCUCCUUGCGCAAGGUGCGGGUCCCCAAUCCAGAGACCUUUGCAGCAGAGAAGGCUCUGAUGGAGGGCUAUGGGCUAAUGGGGCUGCCCCUGGUCCGCUCCCCAUCUCUGCCAGCCACUAUCACAGGCACACUCACCGAGCUCGAGGACUCCUUCACGGAGCAAGUCCAGUCCCUGGCUAAGUCCAUAGAUGAUGCUCUCAGUACCUGGAGCCUCAAGACUAUGUGUUCUCUCCAGGAAGGGGGCUCCUACGAGAUCCAUGAGACCUUCCACGCUGGAGGGAUGGGACCCCCAGGUCUGGAGACAGAACGGAAGGAGCAGGAGGAAGCUGCAGAACUAAGCCUGGAGGAGGAGGAGGAGGGCGGUGGGUCAGGGGCUGGGCUGCCCCAAAGCAGAAGCACCCUCAUGAUGGCUUUCCGGGAUGUCACAGUGCAGAUUGCCAGUAAGAACAUCUCUGUCUCCUCCUCUACAGCUGUUUCUGUGGCCAACUGCCUGGGAGGGCAGGAGACACAGGUUGGACUGGUCCCAGCGGCAGGCAAAGGGGAGGCGGAGGAGGCAGGGGGAGCCGAAGCUUUGGCCUCUCCUGUUGUGACUUCAUCUGCUUCAGCCGCUGGGCACACAUGGACCGAAGUUGGGGCUGUUGGGGACGUGAAUACAAACGGGCAGGCGGCUGAGGGGGCAAUGGGUGAGGAAGAGGAGGAAGAAGAGGAGGUAGGGGAGUCAAUCAAAGGGGGUGAGAUGGAGACUGGUGACAACUCAGAGCAACUGAGCAGCAGCAGCACCUCCACCAAAUCUGCCAAGUCAAGCUCAGAGGUGUCAGCCUCAAAGGAGGCCCUGCAGGCUAUGAUACUGAGCCUGCCCCGAUACCACUGCGAGAACCCAGCCAGCUGCAAAUCCCCCACACUCUCUACUGACACCCUUCGAAAGAGGCUCUACCGCAUCGGCCUCAACCUCUUCAACAUAAACCCAGACAAGGGUAUCCAGUUCCUGAUCUCCCGAGGCUUCAUCCCCGACACUCCCAUUGGUGUGGCUCAUUUCCUUCUGCAGCGAAAGGGACUUAGCAGACAAAUGAUUGGAGAGUUCCUGGGAAACAGCAAGAAGCAGUUCAAUCGGGAUGUGCUGGACUGUGUGGUGGAUGAAAUGGACUUUUCCAACAUGGAAUUAGACGAAGCUCUGAGGAAAUUCCAGGCCCAUAUCCGGGUCCAAGGUGAGGCCCAGAAGGUGGAGCGGCUCAUCGAAGCUUUCAGCCAGCGCUACUGCAUGUGCAAUCCUGAGGUAGUACAGCAGUUCCACAACCCUGACACCAUCUUCAUCCUGGCCUUUGCCAUCAUCCUCCUCAACACAGACAUGUAUAGUCCCAAUAUCAAGCCUGACCGGAAGAUGAUGCUGGAGGAUUUCAUCCGGAACCUGAGAGGCGUGGAUGAUGGGGCUGACAUCCCCCGAGAGCUGGUGGUGGGCAUCUAUGAAAGGAUCCAACAGAAGGAACUAAAAUCCAAUGAGGACCAUGUCACCUAUGUUACCAAAGUGGAGAAGUCCAUUGUGGGCAUGAAGACAGUGCUGUCAGUCCCACAUCGCCGCCUGGUCUGCUGCAGCCGGCUCUUUGAGGUGACUGACGUGAACAAGCUACAGAAGCAGGCAGCUCACCAGAGGGAGGUGUUCCUCUUCAAUGACCUGCUGGUGAUCCUCAAGCUUUGCCCAAAGAAGAAGACCUCCUCCACGUAUACUUUCUGCAAGUCCGUGGGCCUGCUAGGGAUGCAGUUCCACCUUUUUGAGAAUGAGUAUCAUUCCCAUGGCAUCACACUGGUGACCCCAGUGUCAGGCUCAGAAAAGAAGCAGGUAUUGCAUUUCUGUGCCCUGGGCUCAGAGGAGAUGCAGAAGUUUGUGGAAGACUUGAAAGAAUCCAUUGCUGAGGUCACAGAGCUGGAGCAGAUCCGAAUUGAAUGGGAGCUGGAGAAGCAGCAGGGAACCAAGACUCUUUCAUUUAAGUCCAGUGGAACUCAGCCUGACCCACAGUCAAAGCAAGGGUCUCCUACAGCCACCAAAAGGGAAGCUCCUGAGAAGGCGAUGGAAAGCACAGUGGAGGUGUCAAUUCACAACAGGCUUCAAACGUACCAGCACAACUCCAGGCUGGGGCCCGAGAAGGGAGUGCUGCCGCCGCCACCGCCACCACCAUCAUCGCCAGGCCUGCCUCCUAAUUCCCCAAGGGACCUGCUGCCACCACCGCCACCCACCCCCCCAGGGACCCUGGUGCAGUGCCAGCAGAUUGUCAAAGUCAUUGUCCUGGACAAGCCCUGCCUGGCCCGCAUGGAGCCUCUCCUGAGCCAGGCUCUCACCUGUUAUGCCUCCUCCUCUGACUCCUGCAGCUCCACUCCCCUUCGAGGUCCUGCCACCCCCGUCAAGAUCAUCCACCAGCCCCCCCUGCCCCCACCCCCUCCCCCUUAUAACCAUCCCCAUCAGUACUGCCCUCCAGGCUCUCUGCUCCAACAAAGGAGGUAUUCCAGUGGUUCCAGAAGCCUAGUGUAA